ACCUUGAACCUUGAACCUUGGGUGUGUCCUCUCAGACCGACCGGCCGGCUGGACGAGUACCUGACCUGCAUCGCCAAGAUCCAGAAGGCGGUGGAGUACUUCCAGGACAACAACCCCGACAGUCCUGAGCUCAACACAGUGAAGGCUCGCUUCGAGAAGGGGAAGGAGCUGCUGGAGGCGGAGUUCCGCGGCCUGCUGACCCGCUACAGCCGGCCCGUCCCGCCCGUCCUCAUCCUGGACGCCAUCAGCCUGGACGAGGACCUGGAGCUGCAGGAGGACGUGGUCCUGGAGCACCUCCCCGAGGCCGUCCUGCAGGACGUGUCCUGCAUCUCCAGCUGGCUGGUGGAGUACGGACGCAACCAGGACUUCAUGACGGUCUACUUCCAGAUCCGGUCCAGCCAGCUGGACCGCUCUCUGCGGGGUCUGAAGGACCACUUCAGGAAGAGCAGCGCCUCGUCGGCCGUGCUCUACUCCCCCGCCGUGCAGACCAAGCGCAAGGACACGCCCACCAAGAAGAUCCCCAAGAGACCAGGGACCAUUCGGAAGGCUCAGAACCUUCUCAAACAGUACUCCCAGCAUGGUCUGGAUGGGAAAAAGGGGGGUUCUAACCUCACGCCUCUGGAAGGUUUCGAUCACGACCUGCGGGUCAAAGUGACCUCUGACCUGAGCGACAGGCCGGGGGCGGCUGCAGGGAAGGACGACGUGCUGGACGUGGAGAUCGACUCCUACAUCCACUGCAUCAGCGCCUUCGUCCGGCUGGCCCAGAGCGAGUACGCCCUGCUGACCGAGGUCAUCCCCGAGCACCACCAGAAGAAGACCUUCGACUCCCUCAUCCAGGAGGCUCUGGACAACCUGAUGCUGGAGGGGGACAACAUCGUGUCGGCCGCCCGCCGCGCCAUCCUGCGCCACGACUACUCGGCCGUGCUCACCAUCUUCCCCAUCCUCAGACACCUGAAGAUGAACAAGGCCGACUUCGACUCCACCCUGCAGGGGACGGCGGCGAGCACCAAGAACAAGCUGCCCACCCUCAUCACCGCCAUGGAGACCAUCGGAGCCAGAGCCCUGGAGGAGUUCGCCGACAGCAUCAAGAACGAUCCAGAUAAAGAAUACAACAUGCCAAAAGACGGAACCGUCCAUGAACUCACCAGCAACGCCAUCCUGUUCCUGCAGCAGCUGCUGGACUUCCAUGAGACAGCAGGAGCCAUGCUGGCUUCUCAAGUGCUGGGGGACACUUACAAUAUUCCUUUAGACCCCCGAGAGACCAGCUCCUCCGCCAGCAGCUACACCUCCGACUUCAACAAGCGGCUGCUGAGCAGCUACAUCUGUAAAGUCCUGGGGAACCUGCAGCUCAACCUGCUCAGUAAGUCCAAGGUGUACGAGGACCCGGCGCUCAGCGCCAUCUUCCUGCACAACAACUACAACUACAUCCUCAAGUCCCUGGAGAAGUCGGAGCUGAUCCAGCUGGUAACGGUGACCCAGAGGAGAGCCGAGGCCUCGUACCGGGAGCUGAUCGAGCAGCAGAUCGACACCUACCAGCGCAGCUGGCUGAAGGUCACGGAACACCUGACGGACAGAAACAUGCCUGCAGUCCAGCCCGGGUCAAAGCUGAAAGACAAAGAGAGACAAGUCAUCAAGGACAAGUUCAAGGGUUUCAACGACGGUCUGGAGGAGCUGUGUAAGACCCAGAAGGGCUGGGCCGUCCCGGACAAGGACCAGCGGGACUUCAUCCGCCAGGCGCAGCGCAAGGUGGUGUCGGACGCCUACCGGGCCUUUCUUCACCGAUGUGCCAACAUUUCCUUCACCAAGAACCCGGAGAAAUACCACAAGUACCGACCGGAGGAGGUGGAGGAGAUGAUCGAGAGGCUGUUCGACACGUCGGCCUGAGCUGCUGCUGCUGCUCCACCUGCUGCUCCUCCUCCCCCUCCUCCUCUUCCUCCUCUUCCUCCUCUUCCUCCUCCUCUUCCUCUCCUUCGUCUCACUGUUCAUCUCACAUUCAGUAGAAUUCAAUAAAGAGCAUUAUCUCGAACAUGAAACGAGGAGCAGAAGGUUUAUCUUCUCCCACAGAGGAAGCCCAGAGAUCAGCUCACUGGUUCAAUUCCCACAUUCACCACCGCCGCUGCUCCCUGAGCAUGACCCUUGACCCCCAUCACCUCUGUAGCGUAGCAACACCUCUUCAGGAACAAACAGAUGACUGCAGUGUGAGCCGGUGGCCAGCAGGUGGCCAGCAGGUAACCAGCAGGUAACCAGUAGGUAACUAGCGGGUAACCAGCAGGUAACCAGCAG